GUCGGGUUGUGUUUUCCGUUGCGAACGCUACACCUGCGUGGUAGUGUUCGAGUUACAGCCCUACACAAACUUAAAACCCCUAAAAAUGGUCGAUAUUGAGUUAAAUGAAAUCAGCGAUAAUAAGGUGACUGCAGUCACCAAUGGUGACUUGUCAAAAGGAGAUUCUUUGAGCAAGUCGGAAGAUGUUCAAGAUGAAACGCCUUACACAGUUAAGAUAAUUCCAACCCAUUCAGAUCCUUUCGAGUUACAAGUGAGCUCUUUUGAGCUUGUUCAAGAAAUACAUCGUGUGUUAAUGGAUCGUGAAGAAACCUGCAGUUGCACUUGCUUUUCUUUGGUUCUAAACGGUCAGACGCUAGAUAUGUUUGCAGAGUUAAAGUCAGUCGAUGGUUUAGCUGAUGGCGUCGAACUGAAAGUUGUGGAAGAGCGCUAUAGUGUUCGGGAAGCCAAAAAUCAUGUUCGACAUAUCCAUGAUCUCCUUCAUUCAAUAGAGCCUUACGAUGCAUACGCAGGUAGAGAACAGAUGUCCCUAUCAUUUGUCAAUUCAGUAGCAGGAGAGCUAGAACGCAAACAUUUCCCUACUCGGUUAGAUAUGCGUAUAGAUUUCAUACCACCUGAAUAUGUUAUGCCUGGUUUCGGUGCCAACACCAACCUCCCAUUAUCGCCUUUACAUCCUUUGGAUCGUGAUGGAAAGCCAGUUAAGUGCGUUCGUCAACUUAAUUAUAGUAAUUGGAACCCUCCGCCACCUGCAAGACGACUACUAGGAGAUCUAAUUUAUUUAUUUUUUCACACGUUAGAGGACAAAAAGUACCAUAUAACUGCCUGUCCCAGAGGAUUUUAUGUAAAUAUGUCCACGGAUGAUCAGUUCAAUCCCCACCCCAUACAACAUGCUUAUGUGGCACAUUCUCUGAUCGAUCUCCUGCGUCAACUUAGCCCAGGAUUCAAGCGCAAUUUUGAGUCCCUUUUAAAAACUCGAGCUGCUAAACAUCCAUUUGAACGUGUUCCGACUCCGUAUCAAGUUCAUUCCUGGUUAGCGCCACUGGUUGAACAUUCCCCAGAUUCUGUAAGAAAAGAAGAAGCGUUUUCUUCUCGCAUGGCGUGCGAAGAAAAUUUGCCUGGCCAAACUAGGGACUGGAACGAAGAGCUACAAGUUACGCGUGAACUUCCACAGACACGUCUUACAGAGCGAUUACUUAGAGAUCGUGCUAUUUUCAAGUCAAACAGUGAUUUUGUUGCUGCGGCAACUCGUGCUGCUGUUAGCGUAGUGAAUGGAGAUAUUAUGGCUAUUAACCCAGGAGAAACACGUAAACAGCAAAUGUUUAUCUGGAACAAUAUGUUUUUCUCACUUGGAUUUGAUGUUAAAGAUCAUUACAAGCAUUUUGGCGGUGAAUAUGCCGCAUAUGCUGCCACAUCUAGUGAUUUGUGUGGAGUACGUGCAUAUUCGAUGCUAGAUCAACCUGGACUGUAUACUCUUGGGACAGCUAUUAUUGAUUACCGUGGUUUUCGCGUUACCGCUCAAACAAUCAUACCAGGUAUUUUGGAGAAAGAACAAGAACAGUUAGUUGUUUAUGGUUCGAUUGAUUUUGGUAAGACAGUGCUCACCGAUAAACGUUAUGAAGAGUUAUUGUCUAAAACGGCUAAACAGUUGAAAAUCAAACCACACAAAGUUGUCAAUCAGUCAGGGGAUGCAAUACAGUUAUAUUCAUCUGUGGAUUGUAAAGGAAUUGUUGGAAAUGAUAAUCGAACUUAUAUUCUGGAUUUAUUACGUACUUUCCCACCAGAUCUAAACUAUUUAGAUAAUGGUAGUGAUAUACGACCUCAAUUGUCUCCUGAAUUGGUGAAAUUAGGUUAUCCUUAUCAACACCGACAUAUGUUGGCGACUUUAAGACAAGAGUUGAUCGAGGCAUUUUUUGACCAUCGUUACGAAAUGUUUCUACGUCUGGCUGCUCUAGAGAUUCAGAAGGGUAAAUCUUCCUUAAAAAAUGAAUGUGAUGAUCAGGAUGCUGUUGGUGUGCAAAAUGAACAAGCUAACUGUUCAAACACUAAUGAUGAUCCCUUGUCUCCCAAAGAUAGUCUAAUUACAACCAAACAUCAAAUAGACCACCAUGAUGUUACUGGACACUCCGGUAAUGCUUUGAACUCAGGGAUUGGGACAAUAAAGUCUCCAAACAAGAAUCAAUCAGAUGAUUUAAGCCUGAUGAAAAAAUUACUAGAAGAUGAUCAAGACACACAAAAAAAUGACGUAAUUCGGGAAGCUAUCCGCAAAGCAGCAGCAACUGUCGGUUCUCUGAGUACAGAUCGUUUUGAGCUUACAUUUAAUCCUGAUAUUUAUCAAAAAUUUGUCAAAUUUUGUGAUUCAGAGGAACAAUCAUUAACAGUUGAUCAAGAACUAGUAUGCAGUGCUUGCGAAUUUCUGGUUUUAAAACAAAUUCCAGCGUUUGUUAGAGACGCAUUAAGUUUGUGCAUCACUCCUCAAGAUGGUAGAGCUCUGAUAGAGUUAAUGCAUCAGCGUGGCAUUAAUGUGCGUUAUUUGAAUCGUGUGAUCGAAUCAGUCGGUAUUCACCAGUCGUUAGGUUAUCUCAAAAAAAUGGCUAUUUGCGAAGUUUUGUUACGGUCUGCAAAACAUUUAUUUAAAACAUAUCUUCAAGAUGUUGAUCCUAUGCUUCUUUCUGUUGGGGUUGCUCAUUUCCUCAACUGUUUUCUAACAGCAUGUCCUAAUCUUACACCGUUACUUGGGAUUGAUGAGCAAGUUCUCAAACUGAAUCGUAAUAAAAAGAAUAAGAAGAAAUUGAAAAAUCUUCGUGAAUCACCAGAAGAAAUGGCAUGGCUUAAUGAAACACAUUCCAGUUUAUGGUCUGAAAUAAUUAAAGAAGCUAAGGAAUAUUAUCAUUAUCAAAUAACUGCGUCGGACAUUGAUGAAUUCUGUAAGACUUAUGAAGUUCAACGUAUUCAGCUUCUUAGAACAUUUUGUACAUCUGUUGGUAUUCAGCUACUUUUACGCGAGUAUAAUCUCAAUCUACCGAAUGGUGCUAAACAUCAUCAAAAACCGGUAUUUAAUACUGAAGAUAUAAUAUCUCUUUACCCAAUAGUGAAACAUUUACAUCCUCAUGCAACUGAUGCUUAUCAUUAUUUUACAACUGGUCAAGCUCGAAUUUCUGCUGGUCAUCUUCAAGAAGGAUUCGAGUUAAUUAAUGAAGCUUUAAGUCUUUUGAAUGGUGUAUAUGGUCCUCUUCAUCCUGAUAUUGGUGCUUGUAAUCGUCUUUUAGCUCGUUUAUCUUAUGUUAUGGGUGAACAUGAAGCUGCAUUAUUAUUCCAGCAUCGUGCUACUAUGAUUAGUGAACGUGUACACGGAAUUGAUAAUCCGAAUACAGCUACUGAAUAUAUACAUUUCUCACUUUAUGUAUUCGCUUGUGGACAUAUAUCUACUGCUUUACAAUUACUUUAUCGAGCUCGUUACAUAGCACUCUUAUGCCAUGGUGAAUGUCAUCCCGAAAUAACACAAAUAGACGUAAGCCCUAUUUUUUUCAUGCUUCAAAAUGUUCAUAACUUAUUUACAGUUAUUGUUUUUUUCCCGUUCCUUUUUUUAAAAUAAUAUAGUUUAGUAAUAUGGAUUAUAAUUCACUCUUAUUUAUUAUAGACUGUUAUAGAGUAGUGAGUUUUGACCUCGCUUUUUGUUUAUAUUUGUUAUAACUUAAGAUUUUUCUGAAUAACAAUUAGAAAAUUCUUUCAAUACUUACAUUAACUAUGCAAAUUAGAUAAACUGGAUGAUUACCACGCAACAAUAAACCACCACUCGAUGGCUGAGAGUGAGCUCAGGAAUUCAAGAGGGAACUUGUUAUUCAAAUAAAUGAAUGUUCCAGUAGAACUGACACUGACUUCGGAACACACAAAAAAUAGAAAAAUUAAAGCGAAAACAACUAUCAAGUAACAACAACAGCUAGAUAUAAAUUGGAUGAAAGCAUGUUCCAUUCAUGAAUGUGUUGGAUCAUGUUGAUUGACUAUUUCUUCGCGAAUUAGGUCUAACGGAUACUCGAGAAUUGUUUCGUGUAAAAAUUAUAAACAUACUAACUUUCUUAUAGUGAUUCCUACUUCCAUUCAACAUUUUUUUUAUUUAAAAAAUAAUUGCAUUCCUGUUCUGAUUUGAGAAAUUGUCGAAUGAAGUAAAUUGUCCAAACAAUAAAAGUCAGAGCUGAGUUAUAAUAAGACAGAUCAUAACAACAUUCCAACUACCAUUUAUUUACAAUACUAGUUCAUUUUAAAUGUUGUUUUUCUUUCUAAUCAACUUAUUUUUUAUUAUAAUUUCUCUUAUUUGAUUUGGAUUGAUCUCUUAUGGUUCGUUAUUCUUUAUUAUUUUAGACUAAUAUCGGUUUAAUGUUACAGUUGGUUGGUGAAUUAGAUUUGGCUUUAAUCUUUUUCGAGAAUGCAUUAUCUUUGAUUAAAUUAUUUUAUGGUGAACGAAAUUUGAAAGAAGCUUUCACUUGUCAUUUAAUCAGUCUUACGUAUACUUAUCGCGGCGAUUUUCGUACUGCUCUUGAUUAUGAAAAACGUCGUUUUUUAAUAUACAAAGAACGUUUAGGUCCAGAUAGCGACUAUACUAAAGAUAGUGAUGAAUGUUUGCGACAACUUACCCAACAAGCUGUGACAAUCGCACGUAAAGUAGCUGAACUCACAGCAAAUGCCUCCACAACAAAGUCAAUUGGAAGUAGUGAUUCUUCUUCGUCCAGUAGUCAUUUGAAUUCACAUUCAACUAACAAUCAUCUUUCUAUCAGUGAAUCACUUGUUGCUAAAGCAGUUUUAUCAAAUGCAUUCUGUGGUGGUGUUAGUGGGAAUGUCAACGCUACUGGAGGUACUGGUGGUGGUGGUUCAUUAACUUUGCCUAUGCCAACUGUUUCUUCAAUUUUAGAAACUCUCAAUCGUGUAAAUGGAAUAUUAGUUAUACAGAUAAGAGGAAAAGAUGACAAUCAACAUGGUCACAAAGAAGAUAAAAAUCUGUCAAGCAAUAAAUCUAACCUUACAGAAUCCCAUGUUGUUAUAUGUGAUAAAAUUCGACAAUCCAAAAAUGAUAUCCAUCUGUUGACACCAUCAUCUAAUGAUAAUAAAUCGUCAAAAUCUUUCCCCACCUCAAUAAAUAACAGUGAUGUGAACAAACCUGUAAUUCCAGUAUUGUAGUAGUGUUGAUGUUUGGAAUUGAUAUAACUCACUAAUGAUAAUGAUAAUAAUGAUUAUGAAUUAAUUAUUAUUUUAAGAAUGAAAUAUAAAAACAAAAACAAAUUAAGAACAGAAUAUUUCCAAUUGUUAUCGAAAUUAGCCACAUACAAUAUCACUUUAAUCAUCUCAAUUACAUUUCUAUAAUUGUUUUAGGAUGAAUGAAUACAUAUAAUAAUUCAAUUCAAAACGUUGCUUGUUUUUCGUAUUUUAGUUCAAUAAAUACCAAAUAACUACAAUUUAAUUAAACUCUUGUUGUAUACUAACUAUUAGUCUUCCUAUUUUCUUUUUUUCUAUACAUAUAUAUUGUGUUUAUAAUUUAUGUAUCAUAGUUUAGAUGAACAUUCUUAGUUACAUCUUAUGUCUUUUGUAUACGUUGACUGAAAAAAAGUUUUGUACACAUUACACUUGCAUUACUGUUUUGUGUUAAUGCAUAUUUACAUAUAUAAAUGUACGUAGAU